AUGAAAUUUGUUACAAAAAGUGAAACACCAAAACUCCCUUACGUAAAUGUGUCACCAAAUUUUCAGUUUGCGAAAAAAAUGCACGUGGGAAAUUUAGAACAUCAACCUUUGCCUGAUACUUUGGGAUAUCGCAAUUUAACUAAAGUGGCAGAGCAUCGUGAUUCUGACAUAGUUGUUAAGCCAUAUGCAAUAGGUUGGAAAGGAUACGGUGCAUCGGGACCUACUUGUUGUACCAAAAUGCGCGUUCAUAGACCUAAAACUUGCGACCCUAAGAAAACUGAGACGGUGGAUGAACAAAAACAGCGUCCGUCAACAUCUGCUUUAGAUUUAGGAGGAAAAUACAAAAAGCCCAUGUCGCUUAUGGAUCUUGCGAUAUGUUGGGACUUUAGACCUGAUGAUCCCAAAUUAGAACCAAGCCCACCUAAACACAUAGAUGGCUCCAACGGCUCUAAAGCACCAGCUGUCUUCACUAUGGUCCAUACACCUAAGGAGGAAAUCCAAAAUACAACCGGACACACUUUUCCUAUUUUCAACCAGAAUCGAAUAGUGGAGGAUGUUGGCCAUCAUCCAGUGCCCUAUUUUGAAAAAGAUAUGACGAAAGAAAAACGAAAAGACACAUGUGACGUUCAAUACUGCUCUCAACACAAUUCUAAUGAAAAGAAUAUUAAAUCAAUAUCGUCAAGUAGAAAAAGUUCUACAUCAGCUAAAAAUGACAAAUGCGACGGUGUCCACGGAUGUGGUACUCCAAGUGCAACGAGCAGAAGUUCCGACAGUAAAAGACCUGAUCAGUUACAGUCCAUAAAAGAUGCUUGGAACUCGGAUACAGGAAAGAAAUCCAAUUUUGAUAUUAAUCGCAACAGAAAUAGUCUGGAAUCGUAUGAAAAAACCCCGCUCGCCCAGGGAAAAUUGCAUCAGAGUUCUCCGAUCGAGUCUGUUUCGAAACACUCGAAAGAUAACUCAUUGAAUAACGUAAAACACAAACACUGUAUUUCAUGUAACGGUGUAAAGAUAUUCAAAGAUAAAAAACAAAAAGAGGAUUACAAGUUCGCAUUUAAAGCGGGGAAUCCGAAUUCCGUGCAAAGUAUUAGUUCGACUGAUACGAAAAGUAUUAAAAUGCCAAAAAUGCGUCAUCCUUAUACGAAGAAAUCCUACACAAUACCUACUUUAGCACCGCCGUUUAGUAUUUGGCGCGACGCAAAUGCCACAGGUUAUCCGGAACACUGGCGUCUAGCGAGCGUAUACCAACACGCCUACAAACCACCGGAUCAACGACGUAAACCUCUUAUCGACAGUGUAUACCAGUGA